CGCUUCCGACCGCCAUUACAUUGCAAUGCGUGGUGGGCUGGACCAUCGUGCGAGAAAAAAAAAAAUGCUAUACAGCGGCGCUUGGCGUAAAGCAAACAGCACAGAGGGUGAGGAUGACACACUCGGGCUACAGCUACACGCACGCUUAUGUACCGAUAGCCUAUAAUAACACGCUCCGGGAGAUAAACAACGAGGAAAAGGAGUCGCCGCUGACGAAAACGUGCACAUUGUUUGAGGAUUUAAAUCAAUAAUCAAAUCAUUUCCCGAGAAGGAGGAAUAUUCGCUUUUAAAUGUCAUGGUGGUUUAUAGAGAAAACCAAUCUGCAUCAUGCAAAAUAUUCUUUAUGUCAAUGAUCGGCGCCAGACAAUGACUGCCACUUCUGCUUUAACUGUGCAUUUAAAAAGAAAAAAUCUGAUAUUUUUUUUGUGCACCACUGAGGCUGUUGUGGCCGCGAGAGGACGUUUCGUAAUGAUAUAAAACUGAAAGGAAGGAAGGAAGGAUUUUUUUUCAAACCUCGGUCUACAGAAGCCUCCUUGUCGUUUUCCUGGUGGUGGAGUAUAAGAAUAGUUUUUUUUUUUUUUUCUUGUCUGAACGCUUUUGACUCGUGCCUCGGGGUUACACGGGAACCCGCUCGACUUCGUCCGCCCUGCCACAGAGGAGCACCGGGGGCUUUUCUUUCUCAGCGACCCUUCGUCUGCGGUCCGUUUAAUUGAAGAGCAACAGAGGGGAUUACACAUUCCUGUUCGCAGCGGCUGUUUUGUGUGAGGCAGACUAGCUUGCAUUGUGAGAGGAACGGUUGUGGUAAGAAAGAAGGCUAAAAAUAGCGCAUGCAAUUCUCGAAAACUAUCACAAGUGGUGCAUCAGCUCGUGGAGCAGACGGAAUCAGAUAUCCUGCAUGUAAGGUCUCGGCUUUAAGUGAAUUGUUUAGCAGAGCGGCGAGCGUGUGAUAUAAAUAUAUUUUUUAAAAGAAGUUUCGACUCUUAAAUUUGCCUUUUUUUUGGGAACUGUACCUCGGCGCCGAAGAAAAGGAGUCGUUUCCCCCAAUGGAAUAUGCUCAUUUAAUGCUGAAACUAUCAGCGGAAAGAUUGAUAUGGAAACAGGCUGAUCUUCCUGUCUGUUUUGAGUGAAAUGGAUACAUUUGUGUGCGCUCCGUCUUUGACAAUGCUCGCAUUUGGAACCGCCUGACCUGGUUUGUAAUAAUGUUUUGAUUGCCCACACACGCUUGGAUUUACAUUAGCCUACAACGUUAUAUCCGCUGGGGCUUCAUGGAUACAUUCUGCACUUCUUUUUAAAUACGCCCAUUCCUCUGCCUGACCAUCCCGAGUCUAUUAUCUGGACCUCUUGUGAGGUUUAUAAGCCUGCCUGUUUUGGCAGACUCGUACGGGAACCGAUUUGUCAGCCCUGCUCGGUGUUUGAUACCGAUGUAGGAUUUCGACAUGCCCAGCGCUGACGACCCCAACGGCGGACGAUUAUGACUACAACAGCGAAUUGGGUGGCUAACGGGGCAAGCCUUGAGGACUGCCACUCCAACAUCUUCUCUCUGGCGGAGUUAACGGGCAUUAAAUGGCGUUGCUACAGCUUUCGCGGCAGCGGAGAAUAUGGGCCGGUGAUCUCGGCCCCGGCCCAGGACGACCCAGUUCUGCGCAGCUUCAUGCGCUGUGUGCAAGCCAACCUGUUGUGUGUAUGGCGACGCAAAAUCAAACCGGACGCGAAGGAGCUGUGGAUCUUCUGGUGGGGUGAAGAGCCCAACCUCUCGGAUGUCAUCCAUCAUGAGCUGGAAGUGGCGGAGGAGGGGCUCUGGGAGUGCGGGCUGUCCUACGAGUGCAGGACCCUCCUGUUCAAGGCCAUACACAACCUGCUGGAAAGAUGUUUGAUGGAUAAGGGAUUUGUGAGGAUUGGGAAGUGGUUCUUUAAGCCACACGAACUGGAAGAAAAGUCUUUGGGCAACAGUGAACACCUAUCAUGCUCCUUCUCCUUCUUCCUCCACGGGGAGAGCAACGUGUGCACGAGUGUGGAGAUCGCUCAGCACCAGCCUGCAUACCACAUCACAGAACACCACAUCCGCCUCGCACAGACCUCCAUCUCGCCAGUACAAGUGAUCCUAAGUCCAUACGGCCUGAGCGGCACUCUAACAGGACAGGCUUACAAAAUGAGUGACCCAGCGGCACGGAAGCUGAUGGAGGAGUGGAGCUACUUCUACCCUAUAGUACUUCAGCAGAAACAGGGAAUUGGGGAAAAGGAAAAAGAAGAAGCAAGCCAAGCCUACAAUCGAAACUGUCACGCGGCACUGGAGGUCAUUGUAGGUGGAGUAAGGAUGACCUACCCAGCUGCCUUAGUGCUGAUAGCCCAGGGGGACCUACCAGUGGAGCAGCCUCCACCUGUUCCUGCAGCUCAGGGCCUCAGCAGGGAACCAAACCUCUGCAGUGUGCCGCUAACACCGCCAACGUCACCGCAGCAGCCCUGCUCAGCGGACAGCGGCUUUGUGACCUCCGUCUCCAGUGUCCCCGCAUCGGACAGCAACAUGGGGGUUGCCAGCAUCAGCCCAAAGCAUUCUGCGAAGAAGCUAACCCGUCAGGUAGUCCAUCAGGCCUGGAGGGAGUGCUAUCUCAACCAGCCUCAGCACGUAUCAAAUUCGCCAAGUGACGUGACGCCUAAGAAGGAAGUGCCAAAUGGAGUAACCACGUGGGACUUUAAAGAUCUGGGAGCAAGAGCAUCCUGCAGCUGCUCCAGAUUGAAGCAGCAGAAGUUGAAUCUGACCACCACAUCCACUGCCAACCCCCAGACUAGUGCCAACCCCACUCAGUCCUCUGGGCCGUCAUUAUACCCUCCCUCGCUGCCCAAACAUAAGACCAGUGAUAAGACAGAAAAGGCUGACAAACAGUCCAAGAGGCCAGCCAUGAUCCCCUUCCACCACCGUCUGUCAGUCACACAGGAGACCUCUCUGGAACAGGAUUCCUCCGGAGGGCCCCAGCUCGGGGGUCUUGUGGCUCUGGAGCCAUCCUUGGAGCCUCUGGCCACUCUGUCAAGUUGCAAGUAUCCCAAAUCUCUCUCCAAUGGCAGAAAAGCCCCUGAAUCCCUUCUCCAUUCACCAAUGUCUCCACUUCCGCCCACACUCAGCCCACACCCACGAGUGCAGGACCCAGAGGUCUUAGAUGGACCUCUGGAUAUGCCUGUCUGUCAAGAUGGGGCUUCAGGGUUGGGGUUGAUUACCAGCGAGACAGCUGUGUAUACAGCUCUGCUUAAGCAGAGAGGAAAUGGAGCCAGCUGGUGGAGAGGCUUCAGGACUCCCAGGACUAAUAAGACGGACUACAGACCCUGUGAACUCCCUGCUGAUAAAUUAGAGGAAGUCAAGACUGAGACAGCAACUGAGGAAACUCCGCUAAAGAGACUAUACACACAGACGCACAAGAGAUUUAAAAUCUCAGAGGAUAGGUUGAGGGACCACAUCCACACUUUAGGCCUGUUUCAGCAGCCAGGUGUGGAGGCACUGCGGGAGCCUGGGGAUGAUCCCUAUGACUUUAAGGAAGGAGACAUUGAGUACACUUUCUCCUCUUCCAAGAGGUUAAAGGCUCAAGGACGAGAGCCCAGCAAAAAGGCCAAGGGAGAAGAAAUCACCAGCAAUGGAGCACUGUCGGAUGGGAAAGAUGCAAUGUCCAUUUUUAACUCAGCUCCAAAAUCAGAUGAAUCAGGUCAGGAUGACGGAGCUGCCAAAGCCAACCCUUCUCUGACCAGAGAAAAAGAUCUGGUGGUCAACAUCUCUGAUCUAGACAACAUAUUUGAUGAAGAUGAGGAAGAGUUGGGGACUGUUUACCCCAACCAGCACUCAACCAAACUACCAGUAUCAACAGAAGAUCGCCCUCUGGGGAAAGAAGGGAGAGCUGCAGUUCCUUAUCCAUCAAUAGCAGACCUUCAGAGGAUGUUUCCCACCCCACCUUCUUUAGAGCAACACCCAGCCUUCUCUCCCAUCAUGACGUAUCGUGACACCCCGAGCCAAGAGCCCCCAGCGCCCAGCGGAGCGGCAGACCACCUGCUGCCUUUAGCCUCCACCCAGUUUAUUGAAUACAGGAUGGACAUUGAGGAGGGCAUGGCCAGUCCCAGGCAGGAGGAUAUCAAACCACAAAUAGGCUCCUCCAUGUUUGGUCCAUUCUUCUGCCUACCAAGCCAGAGUCUACCACCACUCAAGAUUCCUGAGCAAUGCUAUUAUCGUCCAUCCUGGGCCCUCAUGCCCAAAAUGGAGCAUUUCCCAGUCAUGCAUCCCCAAAAUGCUACUUUCCUUAGAGACGGAUACACAAACAUGCCUAGUGUCAACACCCUCACGGACCAGGAGUAUGGCCAGAUGAAUGCCACCACUGCCUCUGUGGGUACCACUGCUGGGAUCCUCCCAUCUCCUGCCACACCCCGCUUUUCUGUCCCCACUCCACGAACACCUCGUACACCACGGGGUAUUAACGCUGCAAGCUCUGGGCAGGGUUCGGUGAAGCAGGAUGGUACUGAGCUCAGCUCACCAGUCUCCACGCCUUCCACUAGCCUGCCUCUUAGCUCUGUGGAGCCCCUAGCUCGACCAGGACCCUCCCUGCCUGAGGCCCACAGCCUGUACGCCAUCCUCCUGCUCUCAGACUCCGUCCUCAAUGUCUUCAAGGAUCGGAACUUUGACAGUUGCUGUAUCUGUGCCUGCAAUAUGAAUGUCAAAGGUGCAGAUGUGGGGGUUUAUAUCCCUGAUUCCACUUGUGAAGAUCAGUACCGCUGUAUGUGUGGCUUCAGUGCUAUUGUGAACAGGCGGCUGGCCCAUGGCACAGGCCUCUUUCUGGAAGAUGAGCUGGAUAUUUACGGUCGGACUUCUGAGGUAGGCCGGGCGGCCGAGAGGAGGCUGGCUCUUUGCCGGCGGGACCCAGCUAUCGGUGACCCCAGGGCCAAGCGGCCGCAGGACGCUGCCCCUACCUCUCCGUUAGUCAUGAUCCUUCUGCAGGAGCACUGCUCCCAACCAAUUUCUUCCCUGGCGUCACUGCAUCUCCCCCUCAGCUGUUCCUGUCAUGGCCGCAAGGGGGCACUGCUUCAAAGCUGGAUGUCUGAAAAGCAGUGGGCAGAUGGAAGUGAUGCUUGUGUGGACUGUUACAAUGCCUUGGAACAGGGACUGCAGUAUGUGGAUAACCACACAGGAGGGAAAGUAGAUCCAGCUGUUGUUAGAAGUACCGCACUUCACUCCUGGCCACACACAAAUGUGGUGGACAUGAACAUGUUGUCGUCCCAGGAUAUGGUCCGUAUACUGCUGUCUCUGCAGCCUUUCCUGCAGGAUGCUAUCCAGAAGAAGAGAACAGGACGAACCUGGGAAAACAUCCAGCAUGUUCAGGGUCCACUCACCUGGCAGCAGUUCCAUAAGAUGGCCGGGAGAGGCUCCUACGGUUCGGAGGAGUCACCAGAGCCCUUGCCCAUUCCUACUGUGUUACUGGGCUAUGACCGGGAGAGGGAGUUCUUGGCAUUGUCCCCUUUGGCGUUAACUUUUUGGGAGAAGUUGCUGCUGGAGCCUUAUGGCGGGCAGCGGGAUGUGGCAUAUGUAGUACUGUGUCCCAAUAGCCCCUCUCUGCUGGCCGCAGCCCGAGCCUUCUUCCAGGAGCUCAGUGCUGUUUACGAGACGUGCCGUCUAGGGAAGCACCGUCCUCUAGCCCAGGUGUCCAGGGAUGGCCUUGUGCAUGUGGGGGAAGAAGUGGAGCCAGAAAAGCUGGAGGAGCUGGAUGUGGACCAGUGGGUGACUGGACCCUGGGUUGGACAGCAGCACACGGACAACCUCAGCAAACUUAAACUUUACGCUUACGCCUGCAAGCAGCAGCUUGGUCCCCGGCUGUCAGUCUUACCUUUGGACAGCAAUCUUCUGUUGCCUCCCAAAGUCCAGGCUCCCUUAAACCCUGCAUCCUCAACCCAGCCCACCUCAUCCGGGCAGCCUCAAGCUUGGGGCCCUGAUGGUGAACAAGCUCCGGGGACUGUCAGUUCAGGAAACGCUUCGACAACCCAAGGGGCAAGCAGCGACAUUAAAGGGCCUUCCAGUGCAACACCAUCAACCAACACACCAGCAGAAACCCCUGAACUCACUGCUGAGCAGUCUAGGAUCGGCAUCCCCACUGUGGGUGACUCAAUGGAGAGCCAUGCCAACCCACCAGCAAUUGUUAUUUAUAUUGUGGAUGCUUUUCUGUGCUCAAGUGGAGCGAGAAAUGAAGGGGGAGAGGAAGAAGAGGUUGACGAGGUAGAGGCCAGCAGCAUUUGGCUAUUAGGGCUUCUUCGCUGCUAUACAGAGAUGCUACAGACUUUGCCGGAGACAAUAAGACCGGCACUGGUGCUACAGGUGGUGCCAUGCCAAUACCUUCUUCAGCCGGCCAGUGGGGAGAGCCAUUUCUACCUGCAACAGCUGCGCUCCCUGUCCUUCUCCUGUUACUCCCAAUGCAGACGUCUGCUGCCCCAACAAACACACAUCAAGUCCUUGACUGGCUUUGGACCGGUUUCCACUGUCAAUGCUGUACUUAAGAGUCCAGAACAUCCCAGCCCACUGCAGCUGUACACUCCCCCAUUUAUCCUUGGUCCAACCCGUCCGAAGCAGCCAGAAGCAGGCGAGAUAUGGGCAGAGCUUCCUGCCAAAUAUAAUGUGCUCUUUGUUGGAUACUGCUUAUCACACGAUCAGCGCUGGAUCCUGGUGUCCUGCACCGACCAGCAGGGGGAGCUCCUGGAGACCAGCAUUAUCAACAUAGAUGUACCCAACAGAUUGCGGCGUCCCAAAGUUUCAGCCAGGAAGAUGGGACUACAGAAGCUGUUGGAAUGGUGUAUUGGCAUCAUCCAGAUGACCUCACUGCCAUGGAGGAUUGUGAUUGGUCGAUUAGGCAGACUGGGGCACGGGGAGCUGAAAGACUGGAGCUCACUCCUUGGGGAGCAUUCCCUCCAUUCAAUAGGACGCCAGCUGAGGGAGGCUUGUCGUAUGUGUGGGAUAUCAGCUGCUGACUCUCCCAGCAUCCUCAGUGCCUGCCUGGUAGCCAUGGAGCCACAAGGUUCCUUUGUGAUCAUGCCUGAUGCAGUCACCAUGGGCUCAGUGUUUGGCCGCAGCACUGCUCUGAACUUGCAGACCUCGCAGCUGAACACUCCUCAGGAUGCUUCCUGUACACACAUCCUAGUCUUCCCAACUUCUGCCACCACCCAGCUGGCACCCAGCUCCUACCCUACCGAGGACAAUAAUGACGACAUGUUCGAUCUGCCCUUUCCUGAUGAACUGGAGAACGACAUUGGCCAUGACAUGAUGCUGAUAACAGGGAACCUCCACCCUUCCCCCAACACCUCUCCUGUGCCAUCGCCGGGCUCCCCAUCCGGGAUGGGAAUAGGAUCACAUUUCCAGCACACCAAGAGCCAGGGAGAGCGCCUACUGUCCAGGGACAGUCCACCAGAAGAGCUGAAGCAGCAACCGCUGGCUUUGGGCUACUAUGUCUCCACUGCACAGGCAAAUGGACUUCCUCACUGGUUCUGGGCCUCCUGCCCGCAGGCUGAGAGCCAGUGUCCACUCUUCCUCAAGGCCUCCCUCCACCACCACAUCUCCAUAGCCCAGUCUGAUGAGCUGGUGUCAGACAAGACUAAGAGGAACCCUCACCCCUUAGACUCAAAGACCACCUCUGAUGUGCUCAGGUUUGUAUUGGAGCAGUACAACGCCCUCUCCUGGUUGACGUGCACCCCUGCCACCCAAGAUCGCCAGUCCUGCCUGCCUGUCCACUUGGCUGUACUGAUCCAAAUGUACAAUGCCAUCCUGAACAUGCUUUAGCUGUGAACUACUUCAAGGAAAACUCUAGGGGACUGAUGGUUACCUUCAUUUCCUCUGUGCCUACGCUUUCUUCUUCUGGGCACCAGAGAGCACCAGAGCUCUUCUGUUGCUUCGGGUAGACGUGGAUAAAGGACAGAGCAUGUCAGACCUCCCCAUGCCUGGAAUGUAUAGAGUAAGAAGAGUGAAAAGCUCCAAACAGAACUUUAACUUUCACUUGUAAACUGCGUCACCCUGCAAACCCAGUACUUUUGGUACCUUCACAACUGGUCCUGUGCCAGUUAUUUACAGGUACUCUCUGUGGGGGCAAAACAGAUGGAUCCAUCCAACUAUGCCCAUUUUAUUGACAUAUCACACUGUUAACUUUCUCCUGAUCAAAAUAGCAUCGUAUCCCACUUGGGCUACACCUCUUAGUGGAAUUUGAAGUAUCUGACAUUUACAGAGAAGAAUCUCUUUACACCUUCACCUGUGAAAUGGGACGUCUGUGCAGGGCCACAUCCACUAAUUCCAAUUUGUAAAACCAGCAAAGUGGCAUGACAACACAAACACAUAGCUUUGUUAUAUUAAUGACGCUUUUACAUUUUUGUAUAGAACUGCACAUUUGAGCUUCAUUGGAUUUGCAGUCGGUCAAUUCAUCUUUUCUCUUUACUCUGAAAGGGGUAGACAGUCCUCAUUUACUCCACAGGGGGAGCAUUUGUUAAUGGCACUUGUUCCCUCACCUUCCAAAGUGUUGUAGAUAUGAACACAAUGGAAAAUAUUUGACCCAUUAAGACAGAAGUGUUGUUUAUAAUGUAAGACAUACAUUUGCAAAGAAUUGAGACUUAUUUUUUAAUAUUUAAAAUGAAAAAAUGAUAAACUUAAACAAGGCCUUUUUCCCAAUUGACUGUUAAUUGUCUUGGGAACUGAAAUUU